CGGCUAUAUAGACCGGUGGCGGAGCACGCGUGUGUGCGGACGCACUUGCGUGAGCGAUUCCUGCCGCCUUUGCCGCUGCUGUGGAGCAAAAGCUUGUUCCUCUCCCGCUCAGCCGCGUAGGUUGAAUUGACCAAAGCAAUGGUUAUGGAGAAGCCUAGUCCCCUGCUGGUCGGGCGGGAAUUUGUGAGACAGUAUUACACACUGCUGAACCAGGCCCCGGACAUGCUGCACAGGUUCUAUGGAAAGAACUCAUCCUAUGUCCAUGGGGGGCUGGAUUCAAACGGCAAGCCAGCAGAUGCGGUCUACGGACAGAAAGGCUCUGUUGCCAAUAAAUUCUAUGUUCAUAAUGAUAUCUUCAGAUACCAAGAUGAGGUCUUCGGUGGCUUUGUUACUGAGCCUCAGGAAGAAUCUGAGGAAGAAGUAGAAGAACCUGAAGAAAGACAGCAGACACCAGAAGUUGUUCCUGAUGAUUCUGGAGCUUUCUAUGAACAGGCAGUCAACAAUGACUUGGAAGAACAUAUAGAGGAGCCUGUCGCUGAGCCUGAGCCUGACCCCGAACCAGAACCAGAGCAAGAACCAGUGUCUGAAAUCCAAGAGGAAAAGGCUGAGCCGGUAUUGGAAGAAACUGCUGCUGAGGCUGCGCGGCCAAGUUCCUCUCCCGCCCCCGCGGAUGCUGUGCAGACAGCCCAGGAAGACCUGAGGACAUUUUCUUGGGCUUCUGUGACCAGUAAGAACCUCCCUCCCAGUGGAGCUGUUCCGGUUACUGGCAUUCCACCCCAUGUCGUCAAAGUCCCAGCCUCACAGCCCCGUCCAGAAUCGAAGCCCGAAUCUCAAAUUCCACCACAGAGACCUCAGAGGGAUCAGAGAGUUCGAGAACAACGAAUAAAUAUCCCUCCCCACAGGGGUCCCCGGCCAAUCCGAGAAGCCGGUGAGCAAGGCGAUGUGGAGCCCCGAAGGAUUGUGCGACACCCCGACAGUCACCAACUCUUCAUUGGCAACCUGCCCCAUGAGGUGGACAAGUCAGAGCUCAAAGAUUUCUUCCAAAACUAUGGGAACGUGGUGGAGUUGCGCAUUAACAGCGGUGGCAAGCUGCCCAACUUUGGUUUUGUUGUGUUCGAUGACUCUGAACCUGUGCAGAAGGUCCUUAGCAACAGGCCCAUCAUGUUUCGAGGUGAAGUCCGUCUGAACGUGGAGGAGAAGAAGACGCGGGCGGCCCGAGAAGGCGAUCGCCGGGACAACCGCCUGCGGGGGCCCGGCGGCCCUCGAGGUGGGCUGGGCGGGGGCAUGAGAGGCCCGCCCCGGGGAGGCCUGGUGCCCAAACCAGGAUUCGGAGUGGGAAGGGGCAUCGCUCCCAGACAGUGAAGGCUUCUCCAUGGGCUCCGCACAGCACACCAACCCCAGCGCCUACAGAAGGGUGGAUUUCUUCAGCCAGCCUCUGGUAUCCUGGAGUUUGAUGACCCUAGUCUAUUAUAAACUGCUAAGUUUGUACAAUUUUAUUUCUUUUUGUGUUAGGGUAUCUGCCCCCUUCCCUUCCCUCCCCUCCCCUCUCCUCUCCUGACCUUUUAGUCCUUCACUUCCAAUUUUGUGGAAUGAGAUUCUAGGAGUGACGGAUUUUUAACGAAGAAGAAGAAGAAAAACAGACUGGUUUUCCUUGCUUACUUUGCAUAUACGGACUGGAUUUUUUUUUUUUUUAAACAGCCAUUUCCCCAAAGGAAUGUGUCUUGCUUAUUACUGACAUUUGGUAUGUUUCAUUCAUUGGAAUAUUUCUUAUUUUCUACCUAUUUCCAAUACCUGUGGCAAAUACAGGAUUUGAUAAACAUUUUGGAGGCAGGAAAAAACAAUCCAAUUUGUUCCUUGAGUCCUGACUACCUUCUGAUGUGGAAAAAUUGCCAUUUGGAAAAUUUGACAAGUUUGAUUCUCACUUGCUAUGGUUGUCUUGAAUAAAAGGUGUUAAUAGAACUUUUUUCCUUUGGAUAUGUGAUCACCAAACAAGUCUACAACCUACUGUUUUGACCAUUGAAAUUUAAAUUUUGAGGUAGGUUUUCAAUGUCUAGAAUGCAACUGAGAUUUUUCUUGAACUACUACAUUUUUCCAGGUAGCGUUUUUCAUGUUUAGUUUGUAUUUGUAAAAAAUAACAACAACAACAAAAAAAAAAAACAAAAAGGAAAAAAAAAUACAAGAGAGAAAACAAACAAAAUUCCCCCAAAUCUGAAAAACCAGAGCAAAACUGUUGUGCCUUCUAUUUAUCUUCUAUUUCAGUCUUGGUGAUUGUUUUCAAGAAAAAGAAUAACAAAUUCUAGAUUUGCUUUAUCAGGUUCAGAGGAUUGUGGGGAAUGGUAGAAACGCACCCACCUUGUAUGUCUUCUCUUACUUAAACCUUUGUCAUGCCUUAUUCUCAAAACCGAAUCUCAAACUGGAAUGCCUUGAGAACAGAUGCUUCUGUGGGGUUCUUUGACCUAGCCCAGCAUUUGUAUUAAGUUUUAUUUUGGUAUCAGAUUCCUAAUCAUAGCCCAGAAGAAAGACUGUGACUUGACUCUUGCACCUUGCCAAUAUGCUUGAGUGUCUACAAUGUUUCCUUUGAAAUCAUAGCCAUAUGGUGAAUUUCCUAUUUUGUUAUGGUUCUCUCUAUGAAUGGGCAUGCAGUGGGUGUUUCUUGGAAACGGCCAAUUUUUAUUAAAAGUAUUUCUGGAAGAAACUCAAA